AGCCACCAGCGCACUUGAAGCCAACACGGAGUACUACAAUGACAAGGCGGUCCAGUUCUAUAAGAAUCCUGCUUUCAAGCGGGAUUUGAUGCUGUUGACGAAGUUUAAUGCCUUCGCCAUCAUCAGGGCUGCUACCCUUGACCCCAAUACUACGGAGGUCCUUGAUUAUGCCUGUGGCGCGGGUAUCGUCUCCCUCGAGGUUUCGCCCCUUUGCAAGAGCAUUGUCGGCGCCGAUAUUAGCAAGGGCAUGCUGAGCGAGUUCGAGAAGCUGAAGGCGCCCAACAUGACCUCCAAACUCAUCGAUGGGACGAUCCCGCCGGAGACCCAGUUCGACGGCCAUAAAUUCGACGUAAUUUUCUGCUGCGCGGCCUACCACCAUUUCGACUCCCCGAAGGACAUGACCGUCUCGCUCGGCAAGCUCCUCAAGGAUGGCGGCCAGCUCAUCGUCACCGACUUCGUCAGCGGCGGCCACGAAGCGCUCAUGCAACAGCACGGGCAGCCAGAGGGCGACCAAUCCUCGCACGGCCACCACCACAAGCACCACGGUCACACUCAGAAUCAGCUGCCGAUGAGCGACGAGCUCCUGGAGAAGGCGAAGACGACCAUCGUACAUAAGCACGGCUUCGCGAGCUCGGAGCUCGAGGAGUGGAUAGAGCUGGCGGGGCUGAAGCGUUUCACCUUCGACACCUUCCCGCGCGUUCACGCGUUCAACACCGACGCGGUCGCGUUCGCGGCGAGCGCGUUCAAGGUCUGA